AGGUCAUAGAGGGUGAUAAGAACUUCCGUGUUUAGACCCGAGACACAAGGGCAUUGACGCUGUUACGGAUUGUCUGUUGUUUCGGAGCCAUGUCACGACUGUUGAGAAGCAGUUUACGGACUUAUUUAACUACUCAGAUCCGCAUGAACUCGGACCAGCUGGGUGAGUUGGGGAAAGGUGCAGGUAAAGGUGGAGGAGGUGGAGGCACGAUAAGAGAAGCUGGCGGAGCCUUCGGGAAGAGACAAGUGGCCGAAGAGGAGCGUUAUUUCAAGCAAAAGGAGAAGGAGCAGCUGGCCACUCUGAGACGGCACCAUGAGGAAGAGAUUGAGCACCAUAAGAAGGAGAUUGAGCGCCUGCAGCGUGAGAUCGACCGCCACAAGGGCAAAAUCAGAAAACUCAAACAUGAUGACUGAGCUGGCACCAGUGACAUGUUUGUGUUUCUACCCAUAUUGACCUGACGCUUGCUCCAAAAAGCAGCUCUUCACACUCUGUAAUCUUUGAAUGCAAAAACAAAUAAAGAUAAUAGGACAUUU